GAAGCACAAGUUGUCAAGGGUGGGGAAAAAACAACACUGCACCCUCUGUAGGAGUGCAACCCACAAGAAAAUGACAUGUCCACUGAACCCUACUAAGGUGAACAAAGAAGCAGAGUGUUCCACCUCAACUAAAGCUAAAGGAAAAGCACCAGUAGGACUCGGACUAUAUGUCAAUGAAGAAACAGGAAAACAAAUUCUAAAUCCCGGAGGAUCACAGUCUUUAGUCAUAAAUGAGGGGACUCCAAGAGAAUCAGAACCAAAUGUCAGAUUUGCUAUCCCCAAUGAGAGAGAGCUCAGAAUGCAAAAGAGAAUGGAGAAGAGGAAGAGCAGUCCACCAACCACAUCAGUUGGUCCUUCCUCGAAGAUCAAGAAGACAUGAACAAAGCCUUUUAAGGCUCCAAGAGACAAAACACAGGAACAACACCAAGAACCAGUGCUUAGAAGGUCUCCUAGGAGACUAAAUGUGGUGUCAACUGCAGGAUCAACAACUCACAGUUGAUAUCACCUUUGUCAUCUUGUUAAGAAGUACUUUAAAACUGAUUUUAUGUGUUUUCAUUUGUUUUGAGUGGUUAUAAUGGUUUGGAUAUUAGCUUUUGCAGCCAUCACUCACUUGGUUUCAU